GGGAGGGCCUCACACCACAUGUCGCAGUUCUCUCUCCGGAAGCCCGUCGCUGACUCUGAGGGCUUCUCGUGCGCUACAAGAACACCUGAGGGAGACGCCGCGCGCCGACAUGGCUGAACCCAGCACCUGCAAUAUGGAGGUGGCUUCUUCAGGGACUAGCAAGCUAUUAACAGAACAGGAGAACUUUGUAGCAAAGUUGGCCAAUGGAAUGAGCCUGCGGACUUCAGUAGAAGAUGUUUCUUGCACUCAGCCUGAGAGCAGUGUAAAACCUACAGCUGAAGAUAUGACCUCAAAAGACUACUACUUUGACUCAUACGCACACUUUGGUAUCCACGAGGAAAUGUUGAAAGAUGAAGUUCGGACACUGACUUACCGCAACUCAAUGUUUCACAACAGACACCUCUUCAAAGAUAAGGUGGUCUUGGAUGUAGGAAGUGGGACUGGCAUACUCUGUAUGUUUGCAGCCAAGGCUGGGGCAAAGAAAGUUAUUGGGAUUGAGUGCUCAAGUAUAUCAGACUAUGCUAUAAAGAUUGUGAAGGCAAACAAGCUGGAUCAUGUUGUUACAAUUAUCAAGGGGAAAGUAGAAGAAGUAGAGCUGCCAGUUGAAAAGGUUGACAUAAUCAUCAGUGAAUGGAUGGGUUACUGCUUGUUCUAUGAAUCUAUGCUUAACACCGUAAUCUAUGCACGAGACAAAUGGCUGACACCAGAUGGGCUCAUUUUUCCUGACCGUGCCACACUGUAUGUGACUGCUAUUGAAGACAGACAGUACAAAGACUACAAGAUUCACUGGUGGGAGAAUGUGUAUGGAUUCGAUAUGUCAUGCAUCAAGGAUGUAGCAAUCAAGGAGCCACUUGUUGAUGUUGUCGACCCAAAACAACUGGUCACAAACUCCUGCCUCAUCAAGGAAGUUGAUCUCUACACUGUAAAGGUUGAUGAUCUGAGCUUUACCUCUCCCUUCUGCCUUCAAGUAAAACGUAAUGACUACAUCCAUGCGCUGGUAGCUUACUUCAACAUAGAGUUUACACGCUGCCAUAAAAGAACUGGCUUUUCCACAAGUCCAGAGUCCCCUUACACUCACUGGAAGCAGACCGUCUUCUACAUGGAAGAUUAUCUCACUGUUAAGACAGGAGAAGAGAUCUUUGGAACAAUAGGAAUGAAGCCCAAUGCCAAGAACAAUCGUGACUUGGAUUUUACGAUGGACAUCGAUUUCAAGGGUCAGCUCUGUGAGCUGUCAUGUUCUACAGACUAUAGAAUGCGCUGAGACCAGCAUGCCAGCUGACCAACCUGAAGAAACUGAAACACAUGUCAUGUAUACAUUUAGCUGUGUGGUUUUAUUUACAUAUAGCAUACACAUUUUAACCCCAACUGCAAGCCAUGUUUGGGGUAAACCUUUUUAGAAUUUCAGACCAGUGUUAAACCUAAAAAUUCCUGUUGGCUGUACAGUCACUGGUCAAAUGUCCCUGAUGGCCAUACGAUCAGGAUUCCUUUUCCAGCUCUCCAGGUAAAACUCGAUCCACUUGUAAAUACCAUUCGGUUUACUGAAACUAUGCUAUUUCAUAGACGUAUCACAUUUUUGUCCUAAUUGAAUUUAAUGAUCCCUCUCCCUACAAUUGCCCUCUUAAGCAUGUUGUGGAGCCACAGUGUUCUGGUUUUAAACCAUAGCUGCUAGAAAAUAAGCACUGACCAUGGGUCAGUCAUCUGUUUGAAUCUUAGGUUGGUGGUAUACAUUGCAAAUGGUUAUCUCCUGCUUCAGUGUGCUAGAACUUAGAUGGGGGCUUUAGGAGGUACCAUCUGUAUGAUUUGCAUACAUAAGCCCUCAGCAGGGCUGCACAACUGAAAACCUCAGCGACAGACGAGAAUUAAAAGUCUUUGCAUCAGCUCUGGCACCAUAUCGGUUUCCAUUGUGAUUGUACAUAAUUCCUUUAAAUCUGGCCUGUUAAAUGUAAAUAGGAGUGUUCCCACCCUUUUGUCCUAGGGUGGCAAGCUCCUCCAUAGGUUCACGUUUAAAAUUUGUUUGUAUGGUUUGUAAGCCCUUUUUCAGAGUGUUCUGGAAUGGUCUGUCUUUUAUUUUACUGGUUUGUCAAAGCUACCCAUUGUGACUGUUUCAUAACUUAUGGUUUUUAUAUGGUUACAUUCAUAAUGAAAUUAAAGUAAAAUGUGGAAAUA